AUGUUCUCUAAAAUUUUUGCUUUGAGCGCUGUGUUGGCGGUGGCUGCAGCAGGUCUCUUGCCAGAACCUCACUAUUCAUCAGCAGCUGCUGUUUCGUCACAAAGCAUUGUCCGUCAUGAGCAGAAUCAUGCCAUCGCUGCUGCCCCAAUUGCAUACCAUGCAGCACCUGUAGCCUACCACGCUGCACCAGUAGCAUAUCACACGACACCUGUAGCAUCUGUAGCCCACUACGCUGCUGCACCUGUAGCCCACUACGCUGCUGCACCUGUGGCUCACUACGCUGCUGCACCUGUAGCUCACUACGCUGCUGCUCCUGUUGCUCACUACGCUGCCCCCGCACACAGAAUCGUAUCUGCCCAUGAGGAGGAAUACGCUCACCCCAAAUACGACUUCUCAUACUCCGUAGCCGACGGUCACACCGGCGACAAUAAGUCUCAGCACGAGAGCCGCGACGGUGACGCUGUGCACGGCGAGUACUCUCUGCUCGAAGCUGACGGCUCAGUGCGCACAGUCCAAUACACCGCCGAUGCACACAACGGUUUCAACGCUGUGGUCAGCAACUCUGCCCCCACCAAACACGCUGCACCCGCUCAAGGACAUAUUCUAGCCCAUCACUAAUAUUAUAUAAUUAUCGAGG